AUGGCCCAGUGCUUGGACAGCUGUCCAACAGAAAUUUUACAAUCAAUCUUUGAUCUGUUGUCGUCCUCUGAAUACCGUGCACUCUGCCUGGUCAAUCGAAACCUUCGUACUCACGCAGAGCCGUUUCUGUACUCCCAAAUCGAAUGGAUAUGGCGGGAGGUCGACGGCCCUCCCCCUGUUGUUAAGCUACUCCGAUCGAUCAUAAGGAGACCAGAUCUGGCGUCCUUCAUCAAAUACCUUUGUCUGGAUGGCAAAUGCUUCUCCGAUGGCGUAUACCGCAAAUCGAUUCCCCCUCUCGUGACUCCUCAAGCCAAGAUAGAAAUCGAUGACUUGAACGCAUUUGUCAGAAACACCCAAUUGCCGCAAGCAGACGUCUGGAUAAAGGAACUUCAGAAAGGUACCAUAGAUGCUUUCGUGGCGCUUCUCGUGGCGCAAGCAUCAAACAUCCGCCAUUUGAGUCUUGGUCCGGCGUUUACUCAACGCACCGAGAUUCUUGGUGUGCUUCUCCGGUCGGCUCUCUGCCCGCCGUCGCAUAUGAAAUUGCCUACGUUCGAGCUCCUUGAGAUCGUCUCAAUUCGUCUUCAAACUUGGGAAGAUCGAGCGCGGGGCAAGUCUAUCAAGAACACGGCCAAUAUUCUACCGCUCUUUUAUCUUCCGAACGCCAAGAGCAUGUCUGUCUCGAUCGAAAGUCCAUCGGUGUUCUCAUGGCCGGCAUCAUAUCCCCCUUCCCCGACGAAUCUCGUGAAUCUUGAUUUGACAUGUGUUCGUGAAGUUUCGCUUGGCAAUGUACUUGCCGCCAUGGUCCACCUUCGCCGUUUGAGCUGGAAGUGGUACUAUGAUUUUGGUCUCGACGAUGAUACAAACAAGCCCAUUGUGGAGCUAGAUCAGAUUGGGGCGGCUCUAGCCCAUGUCAAAGACACGCUGGAAGACUUGAGCAUUGUGGCAGAUAUUGGAGUGGGAGGAAAUGACCAAUUUCUCCCCGCGAUCAAAACGAGAGGUUGCUUGCAUGAAGUCGCUGAUCUGACCAAAUUGCGGAAAAUUCAAAUCCCAUGGGCCUUCCUCGUCGGGUUUGUGCAAGAUACCAACCAACAAUUACUGGAGGUCAUCCCAAGAAACAUUGAAGAAGUGAUCAUUACGAACGACUUGAGGCUGCAGAAUGACGACGAGAUGGAACCGUCGUGGCCUGCAUGGGAAUGGACUGAUCACGCAAUCAUUACGCUCCUAGAGAACUGGUUACGUGAUUGGAAAGAACAUACACCUUUCCUCCGCAGCGUUUCCUUGCACUGGACCGAUCAUGAAUUUCAAGAAUGGGACCCGCAAAUGAGGCGGCGACUGAAAGAAGUUGGUGCCCAGGUCGGGAUUUUCCUUGAAAUUGUGAUGAUCGAGUCUUUCUAUUGA